AUGCCCAUCCUAGCCCGUUUAUGUCAAGACCCUAAGCCAUGGGAAGAAAAACCUUCACUUAAACAGAUUACGCCCAGAAGUAUCCUAGCAGGUCUUUUGAUUGGAACCAUUGUACUCACUUCCAAUUUUCAGUUUGGGCUACAAACAGGAUGGGUAUCAAUGAUGUCACUUCCUUCGGCGCUGUUGGGGUUUGCUACGUUCAAGGCCCUAAGUAAGAAACUGAGUUAUCCCUUCACGGACGUCGAGAAUGUUUUUGUUCAAAGUGUGGCAGUCGCAACGGGAACCGGUCCUUUAGCUUAUGGGUUUGUUGGGAUCAUUCCAGCUAUGGAAAAAUUCAUGACUGAAGAAGAGAGUGGACUAGGUGCUACUUUAAAACUUUCCUUAACCCAGUUGAUUUUGUGGUCACUGGGUGUUGCAUUCUUUGGAGUUUUCUUUGCAAUUCCGCUAAGAAAAGAGGUAAUCAUCAGGGAGAAGUUGAGUUUCCCAUCAGGUUCGGCCACAGGAACUCUCAUCAGUGUUCUUCAUAACACAGAACUAUACGAAGACGGGAAUAAGAUCGGUACCGAUAAGGGUAAUCUCCCUAGCCAAGAUAAUGAUGAAAGUUGCUCGCAUGAUUCUCAAUCUAAGCAAGGACCGGCACGCAAAAGCAAUGAGUCAGCAGGGUCAGCAGCAGCUUAUUCACCACUGAACGAUUGCACUGUUAUCGAAUCUCAAGACUUAGUCACUCUGCAAAGAGUUGAAGCCUACAACCAUAAUAUUCGAUCAUUGGUUUCAACCUUCAGUGUUUCUUCUGUUUAUACUAUAUUAGCAUUUUUCAUCCCAUUGCUGAGGCAGGUUCCGAUAUUUGGUACCUAUCUCUCCAAGAACUAUUUGUGGAACUUUCAACCAUCUCCGGCUUAUAUUGGACAGGGGAUGAUCAUGGGAUUGCCAUCUGUUUCUUAUAUGUUGUUUGGAUCUAUACUCGGGUGGGGAGUAUUGGCGCCAUUGGCUCAAAAACUAGAAUGGGCUCCUGGCCCAAUCGAUGACUGGAAAGUUGGAGGACAAGGAUGGAUUCUAUGGAUUAGUUUGGCUGUUAUGGUGAGCGAUUCUGUCAUCAGUUUUUUGGUUGUGACUAUCAAAUCUUCCUUGAAUUUCUACCAUAGAAGGUAUGCUAACAGUGACCAGGACAGUUUGCCAUUACUUAACAGCGAAACUUCAUCAAAUGAUGAACCAACCAAUAGCACUAAUGAGGGAAACUCUCUUCAUUUUGGUGAUGAACCGACUAAUAGCUUAAAUGAAGACCACUCUCUGCAUUUAACUGAUCCCAUUUCUAUAAUUGAGGAUGAAUUAAACACCCCAGACACGAUAGAAGCCAAAGAUGUGGAUGAAAAACACUUAGUUUCCACCAACGCUGCAACCAUAGGUGUACUCUUAUCCUCAAUUUUAUGCAUCGUCCUCGUUCGAUAUGUAUUCAGUUCAAUUGUUCCUAUCUACGCUUUGGUCACAGCAGUGAUACUUGCACUUUUCCUUUCAAUAUUGGCCGUCAGAGCUUUAGGUGAAACUGACCUAAACCCGGUCAGUGGCAUCGGUAAAAUUUCUCAGUUGAUAUUUGCUCUCAUCAUCCCAGCAUCUCAACCAGGCGCUGUAUUGAUCAAUCUAAUAGCUGGAGGUAUUUCAGAAGCUGGAGCUCAACAAGCUGGUGAUUUGAUGCAGGAUUUGAAAACAGGUCAUUUGAUUGGAGCUUCGCCAAAAGCACAAUUUGUUGCCCAGAUGAUUGGCUCAGGGUACAGUGUGUUACUAAGUUCAAUCAUGUAUAAAGUUUAUGACAGUGUCUACGAAUUACCAGGUCCAAUAUUUCGCAUACCAACUGCAAUUAUUUGGAUCGAUUGCGCAAGAAUAGUUAACGGGAAAGGUCUCCCGCCUCAUGCGCUGAAAUUUAGCGUGAUUUUCGGACUGAUUUUUGGAAUUGUAGCUAUUAUCAAGAAUGUAAUGCCAAAAUCUCAUAAGUGGCAUAAGUUUUUGGUGUACGUCCCAUCCGGAGUUCCAGUGGGAAUUGGUAUUUAUAACACUCCAAGUUUUACGCUAGCUCGAUUCAUUGGAGGUAUUGUUUCUUACUUUUGGAUGACCAAGACACGUAAUAGUCAUAACUCAAAGAUUCAAAUGAUUGUGUUCAGUAGUGGAUUGAUAUUGGGUGAGGGGGUUUUCAGUGUUAUAACUAUGAUUCUAACUGGUUUGGGAUUAUAA